AUGUCCCUCUUACCCUUCACGAAUCUUCCCGAGGAGUUGCUCGAAAUCAUCGUGACCUAUCUUCCUCCACUGGACACCGUCGCGUUCGGUAGGACAUGCAGACGCAACAACAAAACCACCUACGAACCACUAAUAUGGCGAUCGCAUUGUGUUCGGGAGUUUCGGUACUGGCAACCCAGCCAUGAUAUCGAAGACAGGCUUGAGCAGCCACCCGCUCAGACCAAGUGGCGAGCCCUCUUCGUAGAGCGCAAGAAGAGGGAUAAGGAAGCACAACAGCUGUUCGAGGCGCUCCUGAAGACACAGCAGCAUCGGAUCCAUCGGAUGGAGAAAGUGGCAAAGCAUGGGUAUGAUGUAAAAGAUCUAUUAUUGCGGGAGCGGGAUCAUACACCAGACGAUGCAGAGGACGUCUUGGCGAGAAGAUAUUACGCCGAUGCUAUUCUGGGCCAGAUACACCGCGCAACUGCUCUGGAGAAAUGGAUGAGAUUGCAAAAGCAGCAAAUGGUGCGGCUUGAAGAAGUCCUCGGUGCAUACGAUCUCUUCGUCCUCGCGGGCAAGAAAGGCGACCUCAACGACAUCGACCGCGAACUAAACCGCGUGGCCGAUGCGAUUAAAUCCCAAGACCUUCACUUCGACGCCUGGACCAUCCGCGACAAAGCCAUCGCAGUCGCGCGCUGGCUCCGCGAGCAUAAUCUCGUGGGCAACCCGGGCGAAGAAGACUAUCAUGCCCUGCGUAAUAACUUCAUCUCCAUAGCCUUGUUCGACUCACCUCAUACCUCCCUCCCACUACAAUCGGUAGCGAUCUACUGCGCCAUCUCCCGCCGCCUAGGCAUCGAUGCCCGUCCGUCAAAUUACCCGCAUCACGUGCACGCCGUCAUUCAAACACCACUCGAUACGACUCUAGACGGUGGCCCUCGCUCCGCAACCCGGGAAUUGGACUACGAUAAUCCGGCUGAUAUCAUGCACAUGGACCCCUGGCGCAGCGAGACCGAACUCCCCCGCGAAGCCCUGUCCAGUCGCCUUUUACAGAUGGGUGCCCCGCGGGCCCAACACUCCUAUCAUCUCGGUCCAUCCAGUACGUUGGAAAUCGCCUUGCGGACGGGAAGGAACAUCAUGAACUCUGUGCAACAAGCGCGAGAUCUCCAGCGACAAGCGGGCGGUGAUGAUGGAGGUGAAGGAGAAGGACCAUUCUAUCCCGACAUCGACGCAGCAUGGUAUAGUAUGCUCUGGUCCAUGCUCGUGCUCGGCGAUACCAACGCAGCCACCACCCUGCACCGCCGCCGCCAAUGCCUCCCUUACUUGAUCGAACACUACCAAGCCCAUUUCCCCGAAGACCUAGGCUUGAUCGAGACGCUCGUGAUCCCCAUGCUAGGAAACGAACGCGAACACCACGUCCUUCUGCACCUCGUCACGACCGCUCGGACGGGGGAUGCGAAUGCGAGACCGAUAUCUAAAAGGCCGAGUCGGGAUCAGUUACGAGCGGGUCUCUUCCCUAUCCCGGGGACGGGAGGGGUGGGGUGUAAGAUCGGGACCUUGUUUCGACAUCGGAGGUAUGGGUAUGAGGGCGUGGUGGUGGGGUGGGAUACUAAGUGUAGUGCCGAGCCGAGGUGGAUUGAGCAGAUGGGUGUGGAUCGGUUGCCGAGGGGCAGGGAGCAGCCGUUCUAUAAUGUCGUGGCGGCGGAUAAAAGUGUCCGAUAUGUGGCGGAAGAGAAUAUCGAGGUGGUGAAGGAGAAGCCUAGCCGGGCUGUUUUGGCGCUGGCCGGCCGGUGGUUCAAGAGGUGGGAUGGGAGGGCGGGGGUGUUUGUGAGUAAUAUCAGGGACGAGUAUCCUGAUGAUUAG